AUGGCAAUAACUAGAUCGACGAGUCUUUUGACCACAGCGAAAAGUAUAUCAAAUGCAUCGAACAGUCUCAAGAUAGAAGUUAAAAAGGUUACGAAGACGACGAAAAAGCCAAAAAACAUAUCUCCAAAGAAACCCAAAGUUCAUCUUGAAGACAUUUUGGGUCACAUAAAAGUGCCUAAAGAUUCUAGCCUUCCACAGGAAUUUGUUCAGUUUCAUCGACCAGAGUUUAUUAAAGGAGUAAAGUAUAUUCUUGAAAAAGAUCCAUCAUUAUAUCCAGUGAUAGUGCAUAGAAAUUUUGUUCAAUUUAAAGAGGAGAGCUCCCGUUUCCCUAAAGAAUCUGAGUCAGAAACAAUAUUAAAGUACUGGUAUGCGUUGGUUUCUUCUGUUAUCAGUCAGCAGAUCAGUGGAUCAGCCGCAAAGUCCAUUGAACAAAAAUUCAGAAACUUAUUUGAGAGUGGAAAAGUUAAUCCAAAAGAGACAUUGAAGAAGUCUGCUGAGGAUUUAAGAAGUGCUGGGUUAUCAAACCAAAAAGCUAAAUAUAUUUUUCAUAUCAGUGAAGUGUUUUGUGAUCCUAACUCUAGAUUAUCAAAACCGAGUUUCUAUAAUGAGAGCCUGUUAGAUGAGGUAAUUAAGGAGUUGAUGCUUCUUAAAGGGAUUGGUGAAUGGUCUGCAAAGAUGUUUGCAAUUUUCACUUUAAAUGAGAUGGAUGUGUUUGCUCACGAUGACUUAGGAGUCGCCAGAGGAAUGUCGCGAUAUAUAUUAAGAAGGAAAGAUGUAUUGGAAAGCGCAAAGAUAGAAUUGAACAAAAUUGACGAAAUUAAAAUUUUAUUAAAAAAGAAAUCUAAAUUUGACAACACUAAAGGUAAUAAAAGAGACUGGGUACCUCUUCAUGAUGAAUAUGUGAAAUACAUUGGAUCUAAAUUCAGUCCUUAUCAAACUGUAUUAAUGUUGAUCAUGUGGAGGCUAUCACUGACUAAUGUUGAAGUUUUAGAGAACUCGGGAACAACAAGAAAUAUUAAUAAUGGCGACCAAAAUUAG